CACUUCUCAAUCAAAAUCUAAGGACAGUACAUAGGCACAGAGAGCUUGCACCUACACAAUGUGAAAGGCUGGCUUGGACAAUUAAUUACAGCAAAAGAAUGAUUACUGAAGCAAAUCUUGCAAACCCCAAGCUCUUUUUCCCGAGGGCAGACCAAAUGACUGCAUGGGGAGAAAAGUAAUGCUGAAUUUGGCAAAUAAUUGCUUCGCCUCCCCAUUUCGCCCAGGUAGAUACUACCACAUACUGCUUUAGGAAACCUUGACAACACUUUGCUCCUGCCAAGGACUACUAUAAAUUGCCGCUGUGGACGUCUUCACAGAGAAUGCUGACUCUCUGGAACGGAGACAAAGGAGGGUGUAGCUCGGAGAAACCUAGCCAGGCGCUCCAAGGCUCUGGGCUACCGGAGGCUGCUGCCCCGCAAAGCUUCUCUUGCGCUCUCGGCGCUGGGGAGUCCGAAACUGAUGGCGGACUUGGUUCCUUUCCCAAACUUCGGGAGACGGUGUUUACCCUAACUCUGGUGGCUGAAGCAGGGGGCGUGGGGGCGAAGAAGCGCCCCGCUAAGGCUGCUGUGGCUGUCCACCCACCUCCCCGCCGCCCGGCAGCACCCUUCCCUUCCCCCUCACCUGUCCAGAGCGCGGGGCCUCAGGGGUCCAGUCGCCUCUCUGGACUCGCACUGCAGGAGCAGUUGGGACGUCGGGCGCCUCCGGAACCAGCGAAGGAGGCGGCGGCGGGCUCGGGGGCGUCAGCGGGAAUCUCGGCAGCCGCGGUCAGCCUCGGGCUCCCUCCCCAUCCCGGCGGGGCUCGGGCAGCGGACGCGGCGCGGCCACCGAGCGCGGCUGAGUCAGGCGAGGGGGCGGGCGGGGGAGGGUGGGGGGCUCCCCUACCCCCGAGCCGGGGGGGCGGCGGCGGCCUCGGGGCGGGGGACGUGCCGCUGCUUGUGCCCGCCGCGGGUCGCGGGGCCGCCGGCCGCCGCCAUCGAGCGCAGGAGCCUGAGCGCUCCAGCCCUCGGAGGUCACCGGGUGCGGCGCGCGACUCGCGGCUCAGGCGUCGUCGCCGCCUCCAAGAAAGACAAAAGGGACCCGGGGGCUGGGAGGGGAAAAGUUUUCUGCUAGGCUCCAGACAGAUCCCCACCAAACCUCACGCUCCAAGCGCGGAAGAGGCGGGCUGGGGGCUGGGGGCUGGGGGGUGGGGGCUGGGGCGGGGGGCGGGGCUGGCUUCCAGGCGCGUCACAGCACGAUCCGGACCCGGGUCCGAGCCAAGCUCGCCGCCGCCCACCACCCGUGGGAACUCCCCCCGCUCUGCUGCCCCCGCUUUCGCAGCCCGCCUCCUCCUUGAUGAUGCAGACAAGAUCCGCUCUUCCCCCUCCCAGGUCCCCAGUCCCCCAACGGGUGACCCGGCCGCAAAGUUGCACUUCUGGAGCCGGGAUUACCACAGACAAAAUCUAUCUGUGGGAACAAAAUACCCGCUUUCAGGAGCUCUUCUCUGGGCUGGAAGGCCAGAAGGUGGAAACGGACACACCCACCCGUGGGGCGAGCCUCUUGCUGUGGUGGAGCCCCGGGUCCCAGAGCCGAGGUCGGCGCCCCGCCAGUCCUCUGGAGCAAUAGGGGAGCCCUUGCGGAUUCCCGGUUUUCCUUGAGCAGGCGCUACGGCCCCACGCCCCUCAGACUCUUUCCUAUCAGACGCCGCCUGGGCGGGUCGGGGUCCCCCUGGCGGGCUGCUCGGGCGCUGCGCGAGCGGAGCCAAACUGCUCCCACCUGACACUGCGGACGCCCCCUCUGUCUACACCGCCCUAGGGCGUCUAACAGGUCAGUCGCAGGUCGGCCUCCGAAGGGGCUCUGAGAGAUGGCUAGGGGGUGAGGGUUAUGGGCAGGAAGCCUUGAUAAGGGCGAACCAGAUGGCUGAAAGCUUUGAUGAAAGGUGCUGACGUUGAACUGCAAACAUCAAAGUCAGUGAGGGGUACAGGUUACUCCUCCUUGCUCCCAAACGUCCAGUGAGUGGAGAUUGCCCUAUUCAUAGAGUAAAACGAUAUGGUAAUUACCUCCAAUCUGGCAGUGGCAGAGUGGUGAUUUUAUUAUAUGCAGGUCAAUUCAAUAAAUAAAGGUUCGUGUAAAACUCUGGGUUACUAGAUAUUCCAGCCAUGACACUGGCAUGUGCUGAGCACAUCAGCUGCAGCACUGGGAGUGAGGUACGCCCUGUGUGCAUCCUGAAUAUGUUUUAGGGGACGGACUAGAAAGCAAGUAUGGGGUUCCCAGGAAGUAUAUUUGUGUAUUUGACAUGGGAGGAAAGGGGGAGUGUGGAGAGGGAUUCCAUGUAACAACUCCACAUUUCGGAAUUCAGACAUAGCAAUGAGGAGAGAGACUAUAGAAAUUGGAGAUUUGUGGUUCAAUCUUCCUGUCUUAAAGAGUUUGGAGAUUGGGCACUUUUAGUAAAAAUUUCACAACCAACAUGUUAAAAAAACAAAAACAAAAACUGAAGGAGUAGGCAGAGAGGUGAAGAAAUAAGCCACACCAAUAAACCACUUGUAGUUUCGUUUUUACACCACCUGCAACUAGUAGUAGUCUUUAGCCCACAGCCCCUUGCUUAAUUCUCUUGGUUUUCUUACACAUUUUUCAAGGCACCCCGCCAAAGGAGUGUGAUUUCACUGGGACUUUCUUCUAGUUGUAGUUUCUAUAUAUUUAUGAAACCACAUUUUACUAUGGAGCUCUUGAGAGUAGACAUCUCUUGGUCAUGUUCACUAGCUUUCUGGAGAAUGAAUAUCAGGUUCAUAGUGUCCAUAGAAUCAUCAAACAUGACAUUGUGUGUAAUACAAGUGGUGAAACAUUUAAAAUGGUCAUCUAACCAUUUUACACAUUGGGUACCUGAGCCUUCCUUCCUCAAAGAGGAAGUGAUAAGGGCUAUGAAAGAAAAAAUAAUCCCAUUCUUAUGGCCACAGGUAUUGAUGAUCCCUCAUUCCUGAAGUUAGAUUUCAGUGAUUCAGCCAAAAAAGAAGAAGCAGAGAUGGACUACAUGAGACCACCAAAAAAGAAUUAUUUACAUUUCUUUUAAAAAUAAUUAUUAUCUGUCUCAGAUAAGACUGAGAUUAAAUGUUUUAUAAAGAGUUAUCUACAAUUCAGUAGACUAAGCAACUCCCAAGAUAAUAGUUAUAAAUCCUUUCCUGGCAUUGAGUGCUCAGGGCAAGCUCAGGUAAAUUAUUUAAUCUUUGCUAAUGGCCAGUGUCUCUCCAUCUGGGGAAAAAAAAAAAAAAGUCCAGUAAGUACAACAUGCUGAUAAUGGAUUUUGAAUUUAGCUCCAUAUCUGCCUUUGAAGUAAUGGAUGGGACUUCUCACCAUCAGGCUGCAUUGCACUUCACACAUAAUAUUUUUGCACUGUCCUUAUGAGAUUUGUAAAUUUCCACUAGAAUAAGCCCAUCUUAUAAGAAAGAGUGCACAGUGGGAAGAGAGCACUCAUCUCUGUAAUUCAAGUUCAACUACCUACAAACACUACUAACAGAGGAACUUUGAACCUCAUUUCUCCCAUUCCUUAAGUAAGAACAAAGUUUUUGUGCAAAUUGAAUGAAACAACACAUAUAAGACUCUUCACAGCUGUGACAUAGAUUCUCAAUACAUGUUUAAACACACACACACACACACACACACACACACACACACACCAAACUUGUUUUAAUGUUAUUUAACAUAGUAAAAAAGAAGACUCUUCCUUUGGAAUCAAGAAUUAACUUGAGAAAAUUUUUGAAAUAUGAAGAUCUACAUUUUCAUUGCUGGUAUACUAUAAAUGGAAGCCCAAUGGAUGGCAACAAAUUUUUAGUAAAUUCAUUUUGAAAAUAUACACUGGAAUAAAAAGAGUAAGUAUUUUAAGUAGAUCAUGUAACAAGGCUAAGAAAUGGAGUGUUGGAAAGUUUGUGUGAUAUACCCAUUUUCUUUUUCCGUAAAUGCAGCCCAUAGCAUCUCCAGACUUGAGAAGAGGUCCUCAAUCAAAAAAAACUUUUUUUAAUCUUCAAUGGAAAACAAAUGCAAUUGUUUGCUAGAUUCUCAUCUGAAUUAUUUCACUCCAGCUGUGAAAUAGAUUGAUAGUCUCAAGGCCCCCAAGUUAUCUCUGCUGGAAGCCAUAGUUGCUGUUUCAAAGUAAGGGGUAAAAAAAGGACAAAGUCAAUUAAAGAAAAUGAGCUAUCUGAUUUUAUCUUUAAAAUUUGGAAUUAGGCAGAAGGAAUACAGGGGAAAGAAAAAGGUAGCAGAAAUACAUUUACAAAUAAAUCUUUAAGGUCAUUUUUAUUUCACCAUGAUUUUGAAUACCACUCUAGCACAUUUUUUUAAUUUUUCUUUCUCAUUAUGGGCAAUUGGCUGAUAGUUCAGCAUAUUUAGCAGGAGAAAGAUGCUGCUAAUUUCAUUAAACAUGCAAGUGAGAGUACUAACUCCUCUCAAAUAGAGGUUUCAUAACUUUACAGCAGAUACUAUUACUUAAAUAUUUUAUAAAUUCUGUAUUAAGCCCCUUAUCUGAUGAUAAUCUGAUUAGAUUAUUUUUCCCUGAGGAACACUAACAGCAUAUAGAUUCAAAAUGUCUUUCUUCUAAAGUCCCAAUUCUUUCCUUUGUACAGAUUUGUACCAAAUGUGGGGAAGGAUCACUUAAUGACUGCUGGCAAUCCAGCAAUUUCACAGUCAAAGGAACCUACUAGAUCCAGAAAGGGCAAAGGAUUGACAGUCGAGCACAUUCUGAUGAAUUGUACCCUUAGGGAAAAAAAGAAGAAAACCAAGAAGGCCUCUGAUACCAUCUAUGGGAAGAAGCUAACAAUGAGAAAUAAUUCUUAGAAGUCCUAUUUUCUCAAAGAGGAGUUUGUAAAGGAGGAAGUGUGAUUGUGGAUUUAUAAGUCCACAGGGACUCAAUGCAAGUGGCAGAUGGUGAAUGGUGGUGGCACUGACAGUCACCACUCCCCAACUCCUGGUUUUCUUCAGGCUGGUCUUCCACUCUUGGCUGGUGCUGGGCUUGGUCAUCCAUCUUCCACUGCCUUUCUCAGAGGACCACACUAAUGGUGCAAUCUGAGAGGAACUGCACGGGAAGGAGGGGAACCUGGGAUUUCAUUCUGGAUCUGCACAUACUGCCCAGGUGGCUUUGAGCAAGGAGGAAGAGACUAGCAUUGUUGAACGCCUUCCAGGUACCAGUCGUUGUGUAAGAUGCCAUGCAUGCAAGUAAACUCUUUAAACCUCCUGACAACCCUGUAAGAUAAAGAAGACGAACCACAGAGAGAUUAAGUAAUUUGUCCUACAUCACACAGCAAGUGAUGGUCCAAGAAAGAAGAACACGGAAAUUUUACAACGCAAAAUGUUAGUGUGUCUUUGUACACUAUUGGGGCAAAUACAAAUGAAAAGAAUGGCAGAAGAUAGUCAUGUGAAGUGUCUUGUCAGGGAUUGGUCUCCCCCCAAUAGCAUCUCAAAAGGAAACAGGGACUGAGGAUUGGUGAGAAGUGAGGCCUGGGGACAGAAAGCCCUUGAAGCUUGCGAGGUACAGCUAGGGAGUCUCUCUUUGGGAAGGGCUGGGAGAGGAGUAUCCAUUGUCCUACUCCAACACCUUUCUAUGUUUUAGAUACCUCUAACAUCCACCUAUCAGAAGAAUCAUUUAAGAACAUAGCCGACGACACUCUAUUUUGACUUUUUAUAAAAUGCUCCACUGUUAACUACUUGUAAAACAGUUUUAUUUUAUAUGACAAUGGCUGUUCACAUGGUAGUCAUUGUUUGACUUUCCAUCCAUUAUUCCAUGAACAUGUUCUACUGUGAACUUUUAAAUGUCAGAAAAAAGUAAUAGCUUUGAGAUUCAACUCUAUUCCGGUUUUUGUUUAUCAGCAAAUCACUACCACACUGCCACCUAGUGGCUCUUAGCAGCAGCCUCUGCGAUUGACAGAACUUGUAAUUUAAGUAUCUCCAGGCCAGAAUUCUUUAAAAUUUCUGUUUUUACAUUGGUUGCUUGGAAUACACAACUCAUUUUAAUACAUAAAUGAUAUUAUGAGUAGGUGUUAGGCUUCCAGCUUGUUCACAAAACCGUCAUCCCAUAAUGUACUUUGAAUACUUUCCAGUUGAGUUGAUCCAUCUGUAGUCACAGUUUCAUGGAAUCUUCUUGUAUCAUGUUACAUCUUCUUUCUGCUUUUACUGUUCUGAUAAAUCCAUGAGGAGAUGCCUGGCGCCCAGUCCUCCACUCCAGCCAUGCUGUCUCAAUGUAUAGUCUGGCCUUAGGCAGAAAAGGAACCUCAUGGGAGGUCAUUCUCUUUUUCUUAGCCUGCUGCUGAUUCCUGAAGCUGUGACUCAACCUUCAGAAGGGCCCAGCCUCUGUCCCCUACCCCCAGCUUGGGGUGGCCCUCUGUGUAUCUCCACCACUUCUGCCCUUGCUGACCCACUUGGAUCCCUUCUCUGGCUUUGCCUUGCUGAUGACUCAGCUGAAUCCUUGUUGAUGGGUUCCUGUCGGUGAUCCUUAUCCUGCUCUUGUGGCGCCUCUUGACCGAAGAAGUGUUCUUCCCUACUUAUUUAUCUUUUCCAAAUAUUUUAAGGGCAUGAGGAAUUAAUACCUUGGUUGCCUGAUCAUAGGAAGAAUGGAACACAGCAGCUUAACGAACUUCUCAUUCUUCUGGUUUCCUGUGAAAGCGUCUCUCCUUGAAUUGAGAUUUAUAUAUGUCUAUGAGACUAUUAUAAGCUAAGGAGAACCCAUGUUACAGUCGGAACUUUUUUCCAAAUUCUAUAUGAAGGUGUCACGUGUAUUCUAAGUAUAUACUUGUAUAUUACCACAGUAGAAACUUUCAUAUACUUCAUUGCAUUGCCAGUGCCUGGAAUAGUACCUAAAAUACAGUAGGUCUUCAAGAAAUACUUUUAAGAAUGUUCCAUAGACUCCUUCUAAUUCUUCUUGGGGAGAUCUCAUGGACUGGCCACCAACGCAUCUAACUCUGGACAGUCAGCUUUCCCAUCAGCAUUUCAGGAUUCUAGGAAAGGGUUGGACUCUGCCACUGUCUCCCUUCUCCCACUUUCUUGUCACCUAGUUGCUUAUGGUUGCUAGGGAAAAUAACAACCCGUAGAAACAGCAAGAACAGCAAGGUGGAUGGCUGGUGGUAGCUGUGAACUGAAACCAAAUAGUGUCUCUUAGGAUUUUUCAUUAGUCCAUAUGCAUUGAAUUCUUAAAAUAUCACAGACCAGGACUCAGAAGACUCGAACGUGUAGGCUGCUUGGUCAUCUGCUGGCUGUGCAAACCAGGGCUACUACUAACUU